AUGAUCAAUAGAGACCGAACUCAAGAGUGUUCAGAAAAGGGAAACCUGUUGGAAUUUGGAGUAGAGGCCAUUUGUGUUGUGGUCUGGAUAAGAAGAUGUCUGCAUUUUGCCCGCGUCCUGAGACUCUGUGAAGCUGAUUUUAGAAGCAAUGGAGUUUUUAAUCUGGUGGAAGAUAUGUCUAGGCAGCAUAGUAUUCAGCCAGUUGCUUGGACUUGCCCUGCUUUGAAUCAAGUAAGAGCAGUGCACCAUUUGGAAAUGAGCACUCUUGGCAAGAAAGCAUGGUGGAUCUUGCCUGCAAACUUUCAUUCUCUGCUGGUAUUUUACAUGGAAGAAGACCAGGAGAAGCACAUAUUCAGUCAUGGAGACACCUACCUUCACUGCAUUGAGUUGCAUAGCCACACCCUCAUUCAACUGGAGCCGUGGGUCACAGCCACAGGUCAGACUCAAGUUACUGUCGUUGGACCACAGAGAGCAAGGCAGUGGCUGCUGGCCAUGAUUCAGAGUGUGGGGAGCCAGAAUUCUUACUAUAAGUCCCAAGGUCUGGAGAUGUUGAAGCGUGUCCAGAGCCAGCCCCUGACUGAUGGAGACCUGACUGGCAACACCAUGGUGGAACCAGAUACCUGGAGUCUAUCACUGGCCACCAGACUGAGUAGGACCAUCUUUCUUGAGGCUCCUCAGGGUUCUUCUUACCAAUUGCAUGGUUGUUUUCAGUUGCAUUGGAGUUAG